UACAAUUUGUAAAUAAUUACUCACAAAUUACAUCUUGAACCAUAUUAUUAAUGGCUACGUAUGGCUCUCUCUCUUUCAAAGUUUUAUUUCAUUUUUACAGGAAUUAUUUGGAAGCGGUUGGUGGAAUUUUGAAAUGCAACUAUCAUUCCACUGGCCUUUCAUCGUUACUUGUGGGUGAAUCGUCACCUCCUAAACAUGACUCACGCGAAAUGUCUAAAAAUCAUCGGGAACGCUCAGUCCAGGAAGCAAAGAUAGGACGAACAAAAAGUCAAGAAACGAAAGCCGAUCCCAGCUACAUGAUGGGACGUUUCGCACACCCCGAACCGACAGUUGAAUUUAACCAACCACAGCGUUAUUCCGUGUCUUCGUUUCCUGCUUCCGCCGCAGACGUCAAAUUAAGGGAUAAACCAACAACGCGAAAUAACGUGCCAUCUUGGUAUAGAGAGUUUCAGAAAGGAAAAGAGGUUUCAGAAAAAGAAAUCAACGAAGAUGCAAAAAUGCCAAAGAACAAUAAAGCAAUGAGCACCACGCGUCUUCCCGGAGAUGUUGGACCAGAACAUCCUGUUGUACGAGGUUACUCUACCACAACACGAUCCUCCUCUAAUCCAGUCGUGCAUCGUGGACCGCCAAAAAGGACGCACACAUAUAGCAAUGAACAAAGAGCUUCAUACCAAGCACCUACCGUUGUACAAAAGGAGCCCGAUAAACCUUCAGCAUCUAACUUAUACGAGGACCAUAUGAAGAAACGACAAUUUGUUCCACGAGAACAGAAAAAAGAAAUAUAUGAACCUGUAGAUUACAUGAAACAAUUCCAAGAGGAAGAAGAAAAAAUUAAAGAAGACGAGAGGCGAGCAAAGGAAGAUCUAGAAAGAAAAUUGCGCGAAGAGGAGGAAGCAGAGCAAAGACAACGUGAAAUGGAGGAGAAAAAAAGAAGAGAAAUGGAAGAAGAAGAAAGAAAACGAAAGGAAACGGAGGCAAGAAAAAAUCCCAAACAUGCAAGAGCGUUGUAUAACUUCACUCCACAGACUUCUAAGGAGAUUGGCUUCAGGAAAGGUGAUAUCGUUUUGUUCUACAGAUCAAUUGACUCGAACUGGUGCGAGGGAGAAGCUCAAGGACAGAUAGGAUUAUAUCCAUUAUCUUACGUAGAGAUUAUCGAAGAAAGUGCUCCGAAAAUCAAAGGCGAGGGAAGAGUUAAAUACAAUUUUAAAGCUGAAUCAGCCAGGGAAUUACAUUUACAAAAAGGUGAUAUAGUAGCGUUAAUAAGACAAAUUGAUGAAAACUGGUUUGAAGGAGUUAAGGAUAAUAAAGUUGGAAUCUUUCCUGUUUCAUACAUCGAGGUGCUACGAAACCCAGAGGAAAAACCAGCAUCUCCAAAUGUGGUGAAAGAAGAGGUUGUUAAAAAGCCAAAUGGAUAUUCAAAAGUUGAAAGUAGUUUUGAUGAUUUCCCCGAACCGUUGAAUACAGAACCGGAUAUACGAGAUCUUAAAGGCGAGAACUUCAUAGUUCUCUUUCCAUACGAACCACAAAAUGAAGAUGAACUGGAGUUAUUGGAAGGUGAUAUAGUAAAGGUGGUAGAAAAAUGUGAUGAUGGUUGGUUUGUGGGUAUUUCAGAGAGAACAGGUGACUUUGGCACAUUCCCUGGUAACUACGUAAAACUGGUGUAAUAUUUGAAUAAGAUGUCUCUUCCAUGUAUUCGCUACUUAUUAAAGUAAGCAAUGAGGAUUUCGUGAAUCAACCGUGAAUACAUGUAUCAUUGUUUGAUAGCAUUGCUAAGCUUCUGAGACUGCGAACACCUACAGGAUACCAAAGUCAUUUUCUUAAUAAAGACGUGUCUUUAACAUAAGAUGUUGUGUUAUUUAGCAAGUUCAUGAUAGCAUAGUUCCGAUACAGAAAAUUUUCUCUCAGCAACAGAUUAAAUUAAAUCGUUUUAAAGUGACUAUAGAUAUAUAUAUUUUUCUCGUACAUUGUUAAACUGAACAUACAAUACCAUCUAUUGAUAUUUACUUUUAUUUGAGCGUGGUAAUAGUGAAAAUGGAUUAUGUGUAAUUAUAAUGUAAUUAAUAUAGGUUUUUUCCCAUAGUUUUGUGUAUAUUAAAUAAUAUCGUAUAAGGCAAAAAUUUAAUGAGGUAUAGAUAAUAAUAGACUCAAA